CGAAUUAAAUUGUCUCUGUAGAAUCCGCCCGGUUUCAAACUUUUAAAAAGUGACCAUAUACGCAGGUGCACCACUAAGUCUUUUCAGAUCGUUACUAAUGGUAAGAGUCGACAUGUUCACAUAUUUUCUAGUUGCUGCAGUAUUCUCCAUCCAUAUAAAUGGAUUGUUUAUAUUAGGAAAUGUAGCAGGCCACAACGUGUACGAAAGUUGCGACUUUGAAGUCGGGUUUUGUGGCUGGUCACAAGAUAUCGCGUCUGACGACGGAAACUGGACAAGGUGGAAAGGAAGGACACCCACGCGAUAUACUGGACCAAGUGUGGACCAUACGACAAAUACAACAGCAGGUUUUUACAUAUACAUGGAAUCAAGCCCCCUAAAGCAGGGAGAUAAGAUUCGACUUCUCUCGCCUGUUUUCCAAGUGAAUUUGAGCAAUAGUUGUUUUGAAUUUUGGUACCACAUGUUUGACAAACCUUUUGACUCCGGUCUCAAGAAUCACGAUGCUGUAGGAGAACUUAAUAUUAACAUUACAGCAAGAUCCCUGGCUAGUAACAUCAUAUUUAAUGCCUGUGGAAACCACGGAGACCGAUGGAUUCAGGGGGUGGUGGCCAUACCACAGUUAAAUGACUCAUUUCAGAUAAUUUUGGAAGCUGUGGAAAUCGUUGGACAGCGGAUCGGUGAUAUUGCUGUUGACGAUCUCAAGCUGGGGCCAUGCAGAAGUCCUAUAACAUCGGGUGCUUGUUAUAGGUCGACGACAACUGUUGAAACUACCACUACAGCCACCGUCACGACCACAGCCAGCCACACCACCACAGCCAGCCACACCACCACAGCCAGCCUCACGACCACUACCAGUCCUACAACCACAGGCAGCCUCACGACCAAUGCCAGUCCUACGACCACAGCCACCCUCACGUCCACACCAAUUCACAGUUCGGCAAUAACUCAGAUCGCAUCUGCCAUUCGUAGGCAGACUACCAGAGGCAAUUCUGGAGCUUUACAACAGACCACUUCUGGGGGUGUUGCUCCUACUUUAGCAAAACUCAGUACGAACUCUCCUGUCUUGGACAAAACUACAGAACAGGUCACAUCUGGCGUGGGGAAUGUCUUUACAACCGCCUUUUUUGAACAAUUCACAACUGGGAGCUCUUCUCAUCUAGUGUCCGGGACAACGGCUUCUUACCACAACACCAACACAAGUAAAAGUGGUCUCAAGAAGCAAACUGGGGGAAGCGGAGGAGGUCAACAGAAUAUCGUUCCCAUAGCUGUCGGAGCCAGCUUAGGAGGGUUGGUCUUGCUGGGUUUAACCGGGCUCCUACUCUGGUAUUUUAUCCGAAAAGGACACAGAGUCGCUCCAGUACCAUCUAUGGUCAUAACAGAAAACUCAGUGAAGGUUGAAGGCCGAAACGUUGCAAGCCACAACGUGUACGAAUUUUGCGAGUUUGAAGUCGGGUUUUGCGGCUGGUCACAAGAUAUCACGUCUGACAACGGAAACUGGACGAGAAGGAAGGGGAGGACACCCACGCCAUAUACUGGACCAAGUGUGGACCAUACGACAAAUACAACGGCAGGUUUUUACAUAUACAUGGAAUCAAGUCCCAUGAAGCAGGGGGAUAAGAUUCGACUUCUUUCACCAGUUUUCCAAGCGAAUUUGAGCAAUAGUUGUUUUGAAUUUUGGUACCACAUGUUUGACAAACCUUUUGACUCCGGCCUUAAAAAUCACGAUGCUGUUGGUGAACUAAAUAUAUACAUCACAACAAAGACAAUAGCCAAUAACACCAUAUUUAGUACGCGUGGAAACCAUGGAGAUCAGUGGACGAAAGGGACAGUGGCCAUACCGCAGUUAAAUGAGUCAUUCCAGAUAGUUCUGGAGGCUGUGGAUAUAACUGGACAACCGAUAAGUGAUAUCGCUGUCGAUGAUCUCAUACUAGGGCAGUGCGAAAGUCCCACAACAGCGGGAGUUUACAAUAGCACAUUUCUGUUUGCCAAAACUACGCCUCGGGUUGCUAGUGAAAAGUCUACUGUGUCUUCCUCGAUGCCCGUGAAUAAAGCUACCUCCAGCAGUGAAAAAACACUUUCUCGAAAAUACACAGAGAAGAUGUUACCUUCGAUCACUACCACCACUACCAACAUGUCACCCAGGGAAUCGCAUGAAACAACGACGCAAGAAAGUGCAAGCAGUUCUAAAACUUCGGUGACUGCUACACUUUCUACGAAUUUGUGGACCUCACCAUAUUCUCUACCCACUAUCAAAACGUCUGAGACUCCAAGUAAAAGAACCACAUUUAGAUCAUCCUACGAAACCUCGACACAACGAACCAGAUAUGCGUCUCCUACCGUAGAUUCAGCUUCCUCAGAGAUCAGCUUUUCUACUGGUAAACAGGCCACUAGGGCAAUAUCUGAGAACAUUAGUUCGAAUAGCCUUCCAUCAUCCAUCCAUAUUACAACGUUGACAACGACCGUGCCGGUAGAUAAUUUCACUUCUUCAGUUCAAACGCAAAAGCUGACGACAUCGUUGUUCACUAAAACCCCUUACGCCACCAUGAAAACGAGAGAAAUGACGACAAAAGCUCUUCAUUCUCAAAGUCCCACAAGUCCGACUACCUAUAACAUAUAUUCUUCUUUCAAUUCUGCAUCUGCCGGUUCGUCUUCUCCAAUAAUCACAACACCCGCUUACACCUACUUUUUUAACACAAAUGUCACACCAUCUUUACCUACCGAGACAACGAGCAUGGCGACAGUGACUCCAGAUGUGCCCUCUUUGAAUACUACGUCAACUACGUCAACUUCCACGCCCACAAUAACGACUGCCUCUAUUUCGACUUCAUCUGUUGGCGUAGAUGCCACACCAUCACUUAACUACGACACUACACUUAAAGCGACCACAGAUGAGCCUACUUUAAACUUUUCUGCGUCAACUUCGAUGCCCGUGUUUAAGCCUACAAACACAGAGACCUCACUUACUUGGAUUAAGUCAAGUGACACGCCUAAGAUUUUGGUCCAGACGAGUAAAACUCUUCUAAGCAAAUCUACUGGGAAUAUAUCCAGUAAACCUACAGGAGCGGUGACAUCUCUUAAAAUGUCGUCAGUUCGGAUACAUACAACGGAGACAGCACCUAAAUCAUCCCCUUCGGCACUUGAACCCACUACUUCAAAUUUGAACACAGAUUUAAGCAGAAAAACUGCGCCACACUCUUCUAGCGGUCCAGCCACUGAGUCUGUGUCAAAACCUACGUUAACGCCUGGGUUGACUGCGACCACCCUUCCUCUAUACACUGCAGGUAAGGGAAAACCAGCCCAAAAUCCUUUAAAUACGUCACCUAUUUAUAAUGUAGAAACUUCCCUUGAGACUUCUAUCCUUCGUACACAGGCUACUGACAUGAAAUCCAAAAGUUCUUCUACAGACCAUACAAAUUCCAAUGACAGUACCAUGCCAGUGACAAUCCACAAGACUUCGCAGCUGCAACCAACGUUUACCACGCCGCCUGUACUUACUUUAACUAGCGAAUCUACGCUGAAAACUAUAGGUAGCACGUCUAAAAUGUCGACCUUAGCGCUUAAAUCGACCAUUUCUUUCCCCGGUGCAUCGUUUGCUCACCAAAGCACAACUGAAAUGUUACCUGAAAAUAUUUCCAUAGGGAAAACAACUUCUAAUUUUAACACUGCUCCAACAAUAAAUCAUAAACCAACACCACCGUCUACUGGAGGCACACCAACCACGGCCCCGUCCACUAGAAGUUCCACCAAAAUCGUCCCAAACAAAGAGACUCCGAGGUUAAUGCUUACGACAUCGCCCGCAGUCCAAACAACCUCCAGCACAAUCCAUGCGUCAACGUUAGCGCUGGAUACCUCUUCACAGUCUGGAAGAGAUUCAUCUAGCUCAUCUUCUACUUCCACGGCCUCCCCUCUGGCGCCCUCUCUGCCUAUAACACAAACAACAGAAAUCAAACCCAGCACUGAUACGUCAUCAAUUCUAGUACAUAUGACGUCAUUCAGAUAUCAGACAUCAACAGCAAAGAUAUUCUUAGAUACGACGUCACGUCGACGACCAGAACAAUUCACACGGGUUAGUGAGACAGUUACACCAGCACAUGAGAGGUCGACGGUAACACAGGAAAUGGAUAGAAGGAAAACACCACCUCCUACUAGUACGUCUCCCACCACGGUAACAUUGUCCCGCAGGGUGACGACACCUGUUUCUACAUUUUCUUUCAUUUCGGCGAUCCCUCCUCAAACGCGUACCCGACUACCCGCUGUACCUAUGACAACCGUCACACCAACGUUCAUCCGCAAAACAACACACCAGCCUACCAAAGAUAUGCCAACAUCUAACCUUUCGCCAAAGUUUUCGAUUCAGUCUUCGAUUACCUCGCCUCUUCCAGGCACAGGCAAAAUUUUAUCCGGGACUUCUAGCAUCACCUAUGAAUACCCACUUUCUACACCGUCUACAUAUCUCACAUCGUCAUCGGAGUCCUUUAUGAAGACUGCGUCACAUGUUAGAUCCCAUUCAACUGUGCGGAGUGGAUCAUCACUUGCAACGUCAAAAGCCAAGCCGACCGUGUCGUCAGCAGUUUGGAAAAGUAUCACGAAGUUACCAAAGGAGAAUUUUUUUAAAACUACAGAGGACGAGGGGGUAUUGCAAUCAAGUACACAACCUUCCAGUCAAGAAAAAGCAGCAUUUUCUGUUACAACUACGCCAAUGAGUACUAGAAAUACUAGAAUCUCCCAUGAAACCGACACAAUCACUGCUGUGUCAGCAAGACAACCAGACAUGUCAACGGUGCUGCCAGCAGUAGAUGUGUCAUACACAACAACCACAUCUGCCUCACGAGCAACUCAACACAACACAUCUACUGCAAUAAUAGAUUCCAAAAUUACUACGACAACAGGGUUGGCUAAAACUAAAUUAGGGAAGACGUCUACAGCAAGGAACUUGGUUUUCACAACAAAGCGAGCAAAUCCUUCUAUAAACCCCGGCGCAGUGUUUUCUUCACCUAGUCCCAGUGAUUACACCUCUCAAGUAUCAAGUUCGACUGUUGUCUCAACAACGAUAAAACACAUCUAUGGCUCUGUCACAUCGACUCAAAGAACUGGUAUCCCAACAUCAGGCUCAGGUGACUUAUCAUUACAGUCAGCAGUAAGUGAACAAACCACCGUAGUGAACUCUGACAAAGCUGAGCAGGGAUUUUAUGUUGGGCAUUUGCUGGGCAAACAUGCAGACGGCAUCACUGUUCAGAGGACACAGGUUUGUGCCCUGCCGGUUCGUCAACCAGAAGAAUGGAUAGGUAAAAAAGGUUACGUCUUCACAAGUAACCGGGUCAACGGUGUAUAA